AUGUCCUCUACGAAGUCGAGCCCUCGCUGGGCUGCAAUUGCUCGCGACACCAACGAGACCAGCAUCCAACUGGCGCUCAACCUCGACGGCGGAUCAUUCCCCACAGACACGGACUCGCGAUUGCUCGCAAACGGUGCCGACAGCCACGCCUCGCAGUCCAGCAAGUCACAAACCAUCAGCAUACACACCGGUAUUGGAUUCCUUGAUCACAUGCUGCAUGCGCUUUCCAAGCAUGCCGGCUGGAGCUUGACGCUCAACUGCAAGGGCGACCUCCACAUCGACGACCACCACACCGCAGAAGACGUCUGUAUUGCCCUCGGCACCGCCUUCAACAAAGCCCUCGGCAGCGCCGCCGGCAUCGCCCGCUUCGGCUCCGCCUACUGCCCGCUGGACGAGGCCCUGUCGCGCGCCGUCGUCGACAUCAGCAAUCGGCCGUACAGCGUCAUCGACCUGGGCCUGCGACGGGAGAAGAUUGGCGACCUCAGCUGCGAGAUGAUCCCGCACUGCCUCCAGAGCUUCGCCCAGGCGGCCCGCAUCACCCUCCACGUCGACUGCCUACGGGGCGAGAACGACCACCACCGCGCCGAGAGUGCCUUCAAGGCGCUGGCGGUGGCGGUCAGACAAGCAACGUCCAAGGUGGCGGGCAAGGAGGGCGAGGUGCCGAGCACGAAGGGCACGCUGAGUGCUUAG